GGCCCAGCCGGUGGCUGGCCCGGCGGGCGCACUGAGAGGUGGUGGCGGGCACCAUGGAGGGAAGGCCUCAGUUCGCCGGCGGAGGGGUGUGCGCGGCUGUCUACCCCGAUGCCUCCGUCGGAUUCCCCCCGUACCUCCAGGCGGGAGCGAUGCGGCGCCGCUUCUGGGGCGUGUUCAACUGCCUGUGCGCCGGCGCGUUCGGAGCCUUGGCUGCCGCCUCCGCCAAGCUGGCCUUCGGCAGCGAGGUGAACGUGGGCUUCUGCGUCUUAGGCAUUAUUGUGAUGGCUACCACCAAUUCUCUGAUGUGGACGUUCUUUAGCCGGGGCCUCAGUUUCUCCAUGUCUUCAGCCAUUGCAUCUGUCACAGUGACUUUUUCAAAUAUCCUCAGCUCGGCCUUCCUGGGUUUUGUGUUGUAUGGAGAGUGCCAGGAGGUCCUGUGGUGGGGAGGAGUCUUCCUCAUCCUCUGCGGACUCACCCUGAUCCACAGGGAGCUCCCACCCCUCAGGAAGGCUCUUCCACACAAGCAGCAUUAGCACCAGCGGGCUGGGCGGACCCGCUGGAAAGACAGUGAUGGCGGCUCAGGCUCGGGUUGGCGUGUGGGGACCGCUUCUCAGGGCGAUCUGGGUGUGCAGCCUCCUGACCCUCGGCCACAGGGAGAUGCUUCCCAGGGAACCAGGCCUGUGACCGAGCAGCCUUGCGGGUGGACAGCUCCGGCUUCUGUCAGGGGAAGUACACCGCAGCAGCGUUCUGCCCGAAGCCUUCUCGGUCCGUCUGCUCGGUGCCGCUGAUUCUCACGCGCCACAACCCACCCGGUGAGCCACGGCAGGUGGGGGAGACCCUGGGGUUGGUGGGCUUCCUGUAUGGACUUGAAACCAUGCUGUAACUGCAGUCCUUUUGCCUAAUAAAGGCCAGGCAUGGAAUUUUGGCAUCAGUGACUGGUGGGGCUUCCGACAACUUCACACUGAUAUGUCAGGCCGUCAGCGUCAUGCUUCUGGAUUAUGGCAAGAGAAGGAAAAUUAGAUCAAUAAAUACUUUUUUUGUAAGUUAAAACUGC